AUAUAUUUCUUAGUAGGCUAAGUAGUGUAAUAAACUUAAUAAUGUGAACCGGCCAUUUUUGCGAAAACAAACUCGAGAGUUAUACACGACCCUCGAGUCUCCUAACAGCCUCUCACAUACUCUUGUGCAAAUUGUUGCUUUAUAUGAAAUUAUUGCUGAUGAGAUGGUGGAAUAAGUGGGGUGGGGGUCAGAAGAGUCUUAGACCCAUUAAACCCCCAAACUGCAACUGUAACGAACAUGCAGGACAGUCAGACAUAUAAUUGUUGAAUCCGCAUGUGUAUGCGAUGGGAACAGAUGUGACCCCAACAUACUGGAGUGAACCAUCCAGCACGCGCUUUCUGAUCUUUAACUCACUUCUCCUUAGUUUGACGCUUUUAUUCGGAACUUCAGGAAACCUGCUGGUUUUCUGCGCUGUUUUCAGAAGCAGAGGUUUGCAGACAUCCAACAACGCGUUGCUGCUAAAUCUAUCCGCUGUUGCUCUUUUCAGAUGUUGUUUAGAUUCACCGGUGUUUUUAUUGUCUUUAAUCGUCGGAGAUUCAAUUGGACAUUUGCCGUGUUGCAUUCAGCAGUUCACUUUCUCUCUGUGCAGCUGUGUGCAUUUUCUGACACUCGUGCUUAUAAGUGUGGAGAGAUUCUUGGCCAUCGCCUUUCCCUUCAAGAAGAGGACCGAGAAAAUAGGGAUAUGGAUUUUGUUCAUCUGGGUGUGUGGGCUUUUCAUCGCAGUUCUGUCUCUGGUUAUGUGUGAUAAUUCCUGUUACGUGAUGUGCCAGCAUUUGCAGAAAUCGCCAGGGUCACGCACAGACCCCUUUGGUGUGUACGUGCUGUUUCCCGUCUGGGGUUUGUCUCUGAUACUGAUAAUCAUUCACUAUUUCCGCAUCUUUUCUGUUGUGAGACAGCAUACCAACAAAAUCACCGACACAGGUGUUCAAUUUAGACCUUUCUUUGGAAAGCACCUUCCUAGUUGCUUCCCAGACCGCGAGGCGUCUUCAGCAGCCGCGCUCCCGCAGAGAUCCCACAGCGCCUCUGUUGGAGAUGUGUUGAGAAGCGCGGGGAAUCAGCGCAUCGCUGGUGCGGUGUGUUUUCUGACCCCAGCGGCCCGCGAGCUGGGCAAGAAGAGGCUCGAGGGCCGCGUGGCGAAGAGAUUUGGCUACAUCAUCAUUACAGCCACCGUGUUCUGGGCUCCGCUGUUUAUCAUCCUCGUGCUGAACAUGUGCGAGGACUUCAGACAGAAACAACGCUGGCUGCUGCGCGAGCUGCGCACGUGUGCGCUGGUUGUGACGUGUGUUCCUGCAGCAGUGGAGCCGCUCAUUUACACGCUGCUCCAUCGACAGCUGCGCUCACAGCUCCACAAACUCCUGCCCAGCACACUCCUCAAAAACAGCUGACUGAUGCACAGGAGCAACUUCAAACAUGUUGUUUUUUUUCGUGAUAUGGUGAUUAAUUUAUUUCUGUGUUUUUUUUUAUAGGCUAUAGCCUGCAAAUAGGUAAUUAGAUGUACAUUCAAAUAGUGAGAUGUGUAGUAACGCUAAUAUAUUAAUUGAAUGCAUUGCCUACAUACUACUGAUAUGUUAAGCACCACAUGAUCUGCCACUUCUUUGUCAGCAUUAUCAAUAUUUAUUAUAAUGUGUUACUUAAAGGCAAGAUAAAUGAAACGUAGCUUAUAAAUGGAGUUGACACGAAAAUGAAAAUUUUGUCAUCAUUAACUCACCCCAUGGACAAAAUAUUUAGAGAAAU